AUGAGAUUUCAUCAUGCUGACAUCCGCAAAUUGCUCUUUGGCAUCAUCUUCACCGUUGGUUUUAUUGUACUGCUUGUUCAGUAUUUUGGCAUCCCCUGUCGCAAUGCUUCUUGCUCGUCUACGGUUAAGGUUUCAGGGAUUGUAGAUUCUCAAGUUUCUGUGGUCAAAACUGAAAUAAAAUUGGGUGAUGAUGAUGGCAAUGGAUAUGAGGAGGAAUAUGAAAAGGGGCAAAGAAAGGACGUCUCUUUAUCGAUUGUUGCAAUAAGCAAUGUUAAAGUAGAGCUUAAUGUAUCAUUGGAGAAGCCUAAAAUGGCGGUGGAAAGUUCGGUUUUUGUUAGUGGUAAAGAGAGCAGAGAAGGUAAUCUUUUGUCUAUUCUGAGACACAAGCAAGUCUCUUCAGUUUCAGUAUCUCAGAUGAACACAUUGCUGAUGCAGAGUCUUUCUUCUUUUCAGUCUCCUAAGCCUCGAUGGUCAUCUGCUAGAGACUCUGAAAUGCUCUCUGCGAGAUCCGAGAUUGAGAAUGCUUCUGUUGUUCAUGAGCUCAUUGGACUUAACGCUUCGAUUUAUCGAAAUAUCUCCAAGUUCCAAAGGAGUUAUGACUUGAUGGAGAGGAAACUCAAAGUUUAUGUAUACAAGGAAGGAGCCAAACCGAUAUUCCAUAAGCCCUAUCCUCGAGGGAUUUACGCAUCAGAAGGUUGGUUCAUGAAACUAAUGGAGAGCAGCAAGAAGUUUGUAGUAAAAGAUCCGAGGAAGGCUCAUUUGUUCUACAUACCAGUCAGUAUAAAAGCUCUAAGGACCUCUCUAGGACAGGAUUUUCAAACACCAAAGAAUCUUGCAGACCAUUUGAAAGAAUAUGUGGAUUUGAUUGCAAGAAAGUACAAGUUCUGGAACCGAACUGGUGGAGCCGAUCAUUUCCUUGUCGCUUGCCAUGAUUGGGGCAACAAACUGACGAAGAAACACAUGAGGAACAGUGUUCGAGCGCUUUGCAACUCAAAUGUUGCGCAAGGGUUUAGAAUCGGGGUCGAUACAGCUUUACCGGUUACAUAUAUACGCUCUUCACAGUCUCCUCUUGAGUACCUUGGAGGUAAAGCUCCAUCGGAGAGGAAGAUUCUUGCGUUCUUUGCUGGAAGCAUGCACGGUUAUCUCAGACCGGUUCUUGUACAGCUUUGGGAGAACAAAGAACCGGACAUGAAGAUUCUCGGUCCUAUGCCUCGUAGCCCUGAAGGCAAGAAACUGUACAGAGAAUACAUGAAGAGCAGCAGGUACUGUAUAUGUGCGAGGGGUUAUGAAGUCCACACGCCUAGGGUUGUGGAAGCUAUUAUGAACGAAUGUGUUCCGGUUAUCAUUGCAGACAACUACGUGCCUCCGUUUUUCGAGGUUUUGGACUGGGAGGAGUUCGCGGUGUUUGUCAAGGAGGAAGACAUUAUGAAUCUGAGGAACAUUCUGCUGUCAAUACCGGAAGAGAGGUAUCUUGGGAUGCAAGCAAGGGUCAAGAUGGUGCAGCAGCAUUUCCUGUGGCACAAGAAACCGGUUAAGUUUGAUUUGUUUCAUAUGGUUUUGCAUUCUAUUUGGUACAGCCGAGUGUAUAGGGUUAAAACCAGAUCAAGGCAUUGA